AUGCGACGUAUUGAUUGUUUGAGGCAAGCCGAUAAAGUCUGGCGAUUAGACUUGGUCAUGGUCAUUCUUUUCAAGGGCAUUCCUCUCGAAAGCACAGACAGCGAAAGACUGGAGAAGUGUGCAGAGUGUGUUUUUCCCGCUGUCUGCGUGAACCCUUAUCACAUUUCUAUAGCCGUGCGUGAAUUAGAUUUGUUUCUUGCGAAUUUCAUACGCACCGGUAAUCCAGACGAAAAAGAUGUGCGUGAUGAAAAACCGGAAGAGAAGCAAAAAGUUGAUAUAUUGAUGAACGACAUAGGUCCGGAAGGUAUCUGGGGCACUGGCGUAUUUUCAGCUUUUGAGUUGAAGACAUUAACAAAGCCUUCGAUUGUAACAUGUUCUUCUCUAACCAAUGGACGACCCGUUAUGCAGUCCACUCUCCGAAAAAAUGACACAUCUUCGUGGAUCUCGGCCCUUUCUUCAAAUAAUUCACCUCUCGAUGGGAGCCUCCCAUCUUCUCCACCUCCUAGCGCGAUGGCAGCUAUUAAAGCUCUCGCGGAAUCAGAAUGUAAUGUGCUUUGUUUGGCGCGAGCCAUAUUCCUUAUCAUUCCUGUCUAUCCCAAUAUCAUCAUCAAUGCUUUAGGCCAUAUACCGGGUACAACCUCAGGAACACUGCGAUCAUCGAACUCCAUUCCUCAAGUGGGCGCUGUGGUUACAGUUGGUGUAAAUAGCGAGACAAAACAGUCACUCAUUGGAUAUAGUGGGGCAGAUAAUGAGGAUGAGCCAAACGAAAAAAGAAGUCGACAUGCAUCACGCGACUCUGCCACGAGCAGCACAAAUGAGGAGGUAAGGCGAAUUGUUGAACGCGCGACGGAAAGCGGUUGGAAUGGUGGUUUGACCGGGGAUGAUAUUGCUGCUGGAGAACCAUCACGGAGGAGCGAGUUUGUAGAAAAAUCUCAUCGUGUCGUACAACAGCGAGAUGGCAAUCGAUAUCUGAAAAUUGUCCAAGCAGGGUAA